UAAAGCCCACUUCGAAAGCGCUUGCCCUACAAGUUACAACGAGCUGUCGACGGUUAUCGUAAGCCGUAGAUCCCGGAGCUUUUUAGUUGCGUCCGAUUAAUGCUUUCGAACAUCUUACCGAGGAAUUGGCUUCCGUCGCGAGUAAUUAUCACGGUGUCCAUGGUCCAUGAUUUCGUAGACGGUGAAUCGGGCGCCCAUUUUCGCGUAUUGUUGUUGUUAUCGAAUGUGCCUACGUAUCGGACGAACGCGAUUGGUCGGUGGUAAAAAUUUUUUGAAAAUCAAAUAUGGUGUUGCAACGCUCCAAAAACGCGCACUUUUUCACAAUCGAUGACUGCCGAACACGGACUAUACUCGCGCCGAGAUCGGUUUUAGGGUCUCCACGAACGACGUCCACUCGCUGCUGACCAGCGGACAGCAUUAUUUAGACCGGGGCGUGACCACUUACGAAGACCCGAUCCUCUCCCAAAAGACGACGAUCAAAGAAUCUCCUUUAGAGACGCUGCCGAAGACCAAAGGAUCCUACGAGACACGACUUCAAGGCGGCAGAGAAUAGAGAUCGAACUUUCGUAAUCCAUCCAGUUCCUUCAACUACAGCUCAACAAUGUCUAACGCAGAUUUUGAUAGUCAAGACUUGAGUGGUCCAAGUGUGUUGGAUGGUGAUUACUUAACAAUGUUAAGUUCUUCUGACAAGUUAAUGUCGGGUGAAUAUGAAGCUAUUGAGCGACUGCAGGCUGAAUUAGAUUUAUUUGAUGAUCCAAAUAGGACUGAAGAAAUUGUGGAACAAAUGGCUGUAGAAAAUCAUCUAGAUUUAAUUGAAGAAGAAGUUUGUAGUUAUGGAGGUGAUGUGACAGGAAUGAAAGAUGGACUAGUAUUAGAAAGUCAACUUAUUGAUGAAGCUUCUGUUCAACCUCAGUUAUUAACUGAUUCACAAAUUAAGUUAGAGACUAUAGAUUUAGAUGAAGAUGAAAUUGUAACUUUAAAACAAUCCCAAUCACAUUCUCAGUCUGAGAUGUUAUCUGUUAGUAGUUCAAGCGCCAUAAAAAGAAGUGCACCACAAAAUCUGCAUGGAAAUCAACAAUCAAAAAAACCUUUGCUUACGAAAGUAAUGGUUAAUACAUUACCAAGUACAAGUACUGGAAGAAGUACUCAGCAGAUUUUGUUAAACGUUCCAAUUGGACAACGUCCACAAUUAGGUUCAACUAGGACUAUAACACUUACACAAGCUCGCCAAAUGGGUUUACUUACUCCAGGUUGUCGACUCCAACCUGUAACUUCAAAUCCAAGCACAACACAAAAUAAAAAUAUGGUAGUAAAUAAAAUUUCGGGGACCAUGAAGAAAGGGACAGCAGGUACCUUGAAGUCAUCUGUGCCGACCAAAAUCUUGCCAGCACCAACUUUAAUAACAACUAAAAGUCCAAUGAUGCAACAGCAAAAGAUUUUUAUACGACAAGGUGGUGUUUUCAAACAAGGAACACUAGUGUCAACUAGCAAUGGUGCAAAUCAGGUUAUAAGAUUACCAUCUAUUGUAAGCCAGUCGUCAUCACCAGUAUCAACUAUUCAACAUAUACGACUGCCAACAGUUAAUGCUUCAACAAGUCUACAACAAGUUAGAAUGCCAGUAGUAACCUCUGGAAUACAACAAGUGAUACCCAAUAAACAAGUUCAAUACAUAAGACUAGUACCCACAACAGCCACAAGUAGUUUAGGUUCUUCUACCGUAUCUGUUGUAACUACAACAACAGCUACAUCACUUCCUAAACAACCUCAAAUAGUUACAUUAUCAACUUCCGCACCAAAAUCAAACGUUAAAACUACAACAACUGUAGCUAAGACUUCUACAGCUAGCAAUCAACAGCCAGUUACUAAUCAGAUAAAAGUUUUUACUGCUUCGCCACAUACUGCAACAUCUAGUCAACAAAGACCAAUAUUACCUGCGAGUAAACCUAGUACAAGUACAUCAGUAGAAUCAAAAAAACCUAGUAGUUCUAAUAUUCCAUCGAUAAACUCAUCAAGUUCUAAACAAGUUUCAACUCCAUCCAAAGUCACAAUUAAAGAAGAAUUAUUAAUUGAUGAUACUAUUCCUGUAAAAAAAGAAGAUAAAAAAGAAAACAACUUAAUUACCCCAACUGUACCAAAGAUUGGGAGACCAUCAACAUCUACCGCACUUGUGUUAUCCGAAACAAAACCCAAAUCAACGAGUGAUGUGAAUAAAACAAAAAAACCUUGCAACUGCACUAGAUCACAAUGCCUUAAACUUUACUGUGAUUGCUUUGCCAACGGUGAAUUCUGUUACCAGUGUAACUGUAAUUCAUGUUACAACAACAUAGAACACGAAGAGGAUCGAGCACAGGCCAUUCGCUCAGUAUUAGAUAGAAAUCCAAAUGCAUUUAGACCAAAAAUCAAAAGCUUCGUAGGUCAAGCCGAACGACAACAUACCAAAGGAUGUAAUUGUAAGAGAUCGGGAUGUUUAAAAAAUUAUUGUGAAUGCUUUGAAGCUCGUAUAGCAUGUUCACAAAACUGUAAAUGUAUUGGAUGUCGUAAUAUGGAGGACGACUCUCAUACUUCAUUUGGGGACCAUCCUGGGUCUCUAAGUGUAGAUAAUUUAAAAUCUAGAACAAAAUCAGCUAAUUUUGUAACAUCAUUUGGUAGCAUGCAAGCUGCAAAUGCUAUACCAAGUCAACCAUUCAAAUUUUUUACUAAUGACGUAGUACAAGCAACGUGCCGGUGCCUUUUAGCUCGUGGCAUGGAAGCUAAAAAAUUAAACGCUGGUGCUGAGGAAUGUCAACGUAUAAUAAUCGAAGAGUUUGGACAAUGUCUUGUCAAAAUCAUGGACCUAGCAUCUGAAAAAUCAUUUUUAUAGUCA